AUGGACCCGGUUGCUCUCAUUAGAGGUGUAUUGACCUGCUACGACAAACAAUAUUCUCCAGAACGGCCCGGCAUUUGGGGAUUGGGAUCCAAGGCCAAGAAGGUGUCUUGGACUUGGAAAAGGGACCCACUGGACCAACUCAUCAGCGACCUCGAUAUAUGGCAUCAUCGUUUCAAUCCUUUGUGGUUCAUGGUCAUGAAGCUCGCCACUCCCCUUGUCGACACUGCGCUUGCCGGAGCACAAUCAGCAAAUGUGGAUAAAAGCAGCGUUCGCUGUCCAUCUGGGGCCAAGAAUCCAUUGACCAUUGCGGCUGGCAUGCGGCGCGUGCUGGUUCCAAGUGAUGACCAACCCAGACCCAAGUUCUACCCUCCGAGACAAAUGAAGACGUCUGGCAUUCUGUAUUCCGGAGCGAAGACUGCCUUUCUAGAACCGGAAAACAAAUGGUACAUCAUUGACACCAUCGAGGUUGGGCCGUCUGUCCGGCCACGCGAUGUUCUGCGAGAUGUGAGUAUGCUCGCAGCCAAGCUCGCACAAGCCGAUUCCAUCGCUUUUGGGCUACUUAACUGCAAAGGGGUCAUACCAAUUCAGCGUCAAUCCGCUAGGUCUCCUGCUUCGUCUCAACUUGCCUUUUUGUCAAGCAGCAAGCACGAUUAUACCUCCUUUCAGUUGGUGUUCCGUUUACCCGAAGACAUGCUAGUACUCCAAUCUUUGCGGCAACUCCUGCUUUCCUCUGACGAGCACAUCUCUCUCUCCCGGAAGAUGCGCAUGGCACGCGAGCUUGCCAAGGCCAUCCAUUAUGUCCACACCUUCGCCUUCGUACACAAGAAUGUGCGACCUGAAUCCAUCCUGUGCUUCGAGGACGAUGGGGCCUCGCGUAGCCAUGCAUUCCUUGUUGGCUUCGAUGCCUUUCGGGCCGCUGGCGGUGGUACGAUCAUGUCGGGGGACAUAAGCUGGGAGCGAAAUGUGUAUCGGCAUCCGUCGCGACAGGGUUUCGACCCGGCAGAGAAGUACCGUAUGCAACACGACAUAUACAGCCUCGGGGUCUGUCUCCUGGAGAUUGGACUCUGGGAAUCUUUUGUGGAGUACGGCACAGGAGAGGAGGAUUCCGGAAGGCCACGCACCAGGUUUGGAAGGACUUACUCUCAUUUUAAGGAGUGGCUUGAGGAGAAGAAGACCGCGGCGGGUGAAGCUUCCGUUGCCACCACUUUCAGUGCGCUGGCAUCAAGUCUCAAGGACUAUCUCGUUGAGCAGGCAAGCACAAAGCUCGCGCCGCGGAUGGGUGAUAGGUAUGCACAAGUCGUUCUGUCGUGCUUAACAUGCCUGGACGAGGAGAAUGAGUAUUUUGACGGAUCGGACUGGGAGAUAGAGGACGUGGGCGAAGACACGGUUGCCAUUUGCUUUGUCGAGAAGAUUCUGAACGAUUUGGACCAGCUUUCCAUGGUGUGA